CCAAACGUCACCAAUUCCUCCCACCCAACCCGAUUCAAAGUGUACCAAAAACCACCACAAACGCGCGACGCGAGAGCACCACAAAGAAGAAUCGCCUUCUUUCUGCUCUCAUUCCCAUGUUCGCUUCUUGAUUCCAAAAUUCCUCCUCGCACUUCAUUCAAUCCUUUCGGACGAACACCCAAUCGCCACACCCCUCCGCCAUGGGGACCAUCGGCAAGUCGUCCUACAAAUGGACGACCUUCUUUGGUCUACUGGCGGCACUUAGCUGCAUGAUCCAGCCCGCAGUCAUGGUUAAGGAACAUGACUUCAAGAAGUGCGACCAAUCUGGCUUCUGCAAGCGCAAUCGCGAGUAUGCCGAUCACGCCGUCUCCCAGUCCUCGACCUGGGCCGCUCCCUACAAUAUCCUUCCCGACUCUGCCUCCCUCAAAGACGGCCAACUCCAGGCUGUAAUCCUCAAGACCAUCAACGCUGCCCAGGAAACCGUCCGCCUCCCAAUCACCGUCUCCUUCCUCGAAUCAGGUACUGCUCGCGUAACCGUCGACGAAGAGAAGCGCCAGAAGGGAGAAAUCGAGCUGCGAAACAACAGCCCUGUCCGUAAGGAGCGCUACAACGAAGCCGAGAAGCACGUCAUUGUUGGUGGCUUGAGCCUCGACAAGGAGGCCAAGGUCGCCUACCAGGAUAAGGACCAGAUCACCAUUCAGUACGGCCCUUCCUCCAAGUUUGAGGCUGUCAUCAAGUUCUCGCCCUUCAGUGUCGACUUCAAGCGUGAUGGAUCUUCCCACAUCAAGCUCAACGAUCGCGGUCUGCUCAAUAUGGAGCACUGGCGCCCCAAGGUCGACAAGCCCGCCGAGGAAAAGAAAGAAGGCGAAGAGAACGCUGAGAAGGCUGAAACCAACGAAGUCAAGCAGGAGGACGAGAGCACCUGGUGGGACGAGACUUUUGGCGGCAACACCGACUCCAAACCCCGUGGUCCCGAGAGUGUUGCCCUCGACAUCUCAUUCGUCGGAUACGAGCACGUUUUCGGUAUCCCUGAGCAUGCUGGUCCUCUGUCUCUGAAGGAGACCCGUGGCGGCGAUGGCAAGUACUCUGAGCCCUACAGACUUUACAACUCCGAUGUCUUCGAGUACGUUCUCGACAGCCCCAUGACUCUUUACGGAGCGAUUCCUCUCAUGCAGGCGCACCGUAAGGACUCCACUGUCGGUGUCUUCUGGCUCAACGGCGCUGAGACUUGGAUCGAUAUCACCAAGGAGAAGGGCUCAUCCAACCCCUUGGCUCUUGGCGUUGGCUCCAAGACUAACACGAAGACCCACUGGAUCUCAGAGGCCGGCAUUCUCGACGUCUUCAUCUUCCUGGGCCCGACCCCCAAAGACAUCUCCAAGACCUACGGCGAGCUCACCGGUACCACCGCCAUGCCCCAGGAGUUCUCUCUCGGCUACCACCAGUGCCGCUGGAACUACAUCUCCGAUGAUGAUGUCAAGGACGUUGACCGCAAGUUUGAUAAGUUCAAGAUUCCCUACGACGUUAUUUGGCUCGAUAUUGAGUACACCGAUGGCAAGAAGUACUUCACCUGGGACGCCGACAUGUUCAAGGACCCUAUUGGCAUGGGCAAGGCUCUUGAUGAGCACGGCAGAAACCUUGUGGUUAUCAUUGAUCCCCAUAUUAAGAACGAGGGGAAGUACGAUAUCACCGAGCAAAUGAACGCCAAGGGCCUAGCCGUCUUGAACAAGGAGGGCAAGACUUUCGAAGGUUGGUGCUGGCCUGGUUCUUCUCACUGGGUUGAUUGCUUCAACCCCAAGGCUGUCGAGUGGUGGAGUGGCCUCUUCGACUACUCCGCUUUCAAGGGCACCAUGGAGAACACCUUCAUCUGGAACGACAUGAACGAGCCCUCUGUGUUUAAUGGACCUGAGGUUACCAUGCCCAAGGACAACAUUCACUACGGAAACUGGGAGCACCGUGAUGUGCACAACAUCAACGGCAUGACCUUCCACAACGCUACCUUUGAGGCUCUUCUCACUCGCAAGAAGGGCGAGCUCCGUAGACCUUUCGUCCUUACCCGCUCCUUCUACGCUGGCUCUCAGCGUCUUGGUGCCAUGUGGACAGGAGACAACCAGGCGUCGUGGGAGCACCUGGGCGCUGCCGUUCCCAUGAUUCUGAACCAGGGCAUUUCCGGAUUCCCCUUUGCUGGCGCCGAUGUUGGAGGCUUUUUCGGUAACCCCGAGCCUGAGCUGAUGGCACGCUGGUACCAGGGCGGAGCUUUCUACCCCUUCUUCCGUGGCCACGCUCACAUUGAUGCCCGUCGCCGCGAGCCUUACAUGCUUGCGGAACCGUUCAGAGGCAUCCUCACUGCCGCCAUCCGCCUUCGCUACAGCUUGAUGCCUUCGUGGUACACAGCCUUCUUCCACGCCCAUCGCGACGGAAGCCCGAUUGUUCGCCCCAUGUUCUGGACGAACCCCACGGAGGAGUCUGGCUUCGCCAUUGACGAUCAGCUUUUCGUCGGAUCGACUGGUCUUCUCCACAAGCCCGUUGUUGAGAAGGACAAGGAGUCUGUCGACAUCUAUAUCCCUGAUGACGAAGUGUACUACGACUACUUUACCUACGAGAAGCUCUCCACCAAGAAGGGCCAGUAUCUCACCAGGGACGUCGCCCUUGACCAGAUCGCGCUUCUGAUGCGUGGUGGCCAUAUCUUCCCUCGCCGUGACCGCCCCCGCCGUUCGGCUAAGCUCAUGCGCUUCGACGACUACACCCUCGUCAUCAGCGUUGGCAAAGACGGUCAGGCCGAGGGUGAGCUGUAUGUCGAUGACGGAGACUCUUUCGACUUCGAGAAGGGUCAGUACAUCUACCGCAAGUUCAAGCUUGACGGCAAGACCAUUGCAUCCUCUGAUGCCGAGGGCCGUGACUCCAAGUCCGUCAAGGAGGGUUCCUGGCUCAAGGCCAUGAAGGAGGUCUACGUCGACAAGAUCAUUGUUGUCGGCGCUACCAACCAGCUCAACAAGAAGGAGGUUACUGUCACAUCAGAGGGCAAGAGCUGGACUGUCCCUGUUCAGUACCACGCUGCCGAGAAGGGCUGCGCCGCCUACGCAGUUGUAGGCAGAGUUGCUGCCCGUGUUGGAGAGGACUUCAGCAUCGCGUUGGCUUAGGACUGUCCAAGGAUACGAAUUCACCGUCCGAGGAUGAGGAGACAUGCUUGAGUUGGUGCAACACCUGUCACGUGCUUCGUCGUUGGAUCUUUCGCCUGAGAUGUCCUGAACGGCAGAACUCGACGGUCAGGAGACGGGAAGACGACGGAGACGCCUGAGCGGCGAAGCACACUAAGAAUAGAGACAGUGAGCUCCACAGAUCGCCACAAGGGCUGAUGAUUGAGAGGCUUAACAAGUCAUUAGAGCGCUCCAUUAGAGAGAAUUGACGAACACGUUCAUAAAGAUUGCUUCACUUGAGCAUAUCCUCCUUGCCCCUUCGUGACUCCAUGCGAUCUCGGUUAGUUAAUCUAGAACUGGGGCGGUGGCUUGGGGGUGGAACGGUGCAACAUCCGUCGGGGCUCCUCCGCUGCAGUGGAUAGACUUCGUGGAGCCUCAUUCCCAAGAUUUUCCGCUCCCCUCCGCCCCCAACUUCCGCCUGGAAACAAUCCACGAUGGCGUGAGUUCUGGCUCUGGAACCCACCUUGUCCGGGGGGCCUGUUAAGCUUCAACCGAGAACACAGCCUCGCUCGCUUGCGAUGGACUUGAUUUCCCUGGUGGAUCUCUGCAUGGCGAGAUGUUCAGGGGUAGUGGCUACAGCCUACAACCAUCUUGUCCUGGACGACGACUUUGUUUCUGCGCUGGGAAGGGCUCGCUCAAUGCGCCGAAGAUUGAGGUCAACCCUCUAGAAUGAGAGCGUGUUGCUCGCCUAGCUGACUCUUACUCCAUAGGUAAUCCGACCAUCGACUCAUUGUCUGGGGCUAUCUGCGUUCGGAUUC